AAUAAAGCGCGAGGACCGUCAUGACGAUUCCCCAAGUGAACACGGGCCGCCGGUCCUUCAAGCAUCAAGGGCAGCUUAUCUAUGAAUGGGAGCAGUCCCUCGAGGAAGUGAACGUGUUCAUUCGUCCACCGCCAGGAAUCACGGCGGCGCACCUUGCAUGCACGAUCACCCCGACGCGGUUCACGCUGGGGCUCAAAGGAAGUGCGGACAAGUUUCUCGACCAUGAAUUCUCGAGUCAAGUUGUGGCAGACGAAAGCUACUGGAUGCUUGAUAGUGGUGAAUUGAACGUCAACUUGCAGAAAAUGAAGAAGGGACUGACGUGGGACUGCGUGUUUGUGGGUCAUGGCGAGCUGGAUCCGUUGACCAAAGGCGAAGUGCAGAAGAAGCUCAUGCUCGAGCGCUUCCAGCAAGAAAACCCAGGCUUCGACUUCUCUAACGCUGAAUUCAACGGCGCCGCGCCCGACGCGCGGACGUUUAUGGGCGGCGUCAAAUACACUUGACCUCAUAUAAACGAUACAUCGUUCAUUUUGAAUAAAAUUCCCUAGCAAAUCCCAUGGUCGACC